AUGGACUCUAACAUCAGCAAGUAUAUUCACACCAGAGUGAUAGAAGAUGUUCAAGUUGUGCUGUUCACUGAUGUCAUGGCGGAAUUUUCAGUCAAUAGCAGCAAGGCCAAGACGGCAAUGUACGACUUCUACAAAACAACGACUUCGAAAGUUCAUUGUGUGAUAGUAUGUGCUUACAAUAGUGGGCUAGUACGAAUAGUGAAUGAUUUAGACAAUUUUGAAGACAGCGACUCGAUUUUGGACGCUUUUAUCUAUGCGUUCAACCCAAUGGAGCAAUUUUCACCUGUUAAUUCAAUGGUGAAAAGACCAGUGGCCGUCGCCAACUUCUAUAAGCCAACAGUUGAAAGUGAUAUACCUAGCAUAGCGAAUGAGGACACCGACAAGAGCGUUAAAGUGGAAAAACCGGCUGCAAGCAAUCGUUCUACGAUCAGGGCCCACACUUUGCCCUCGAAGCUUGGCGGAGCCAAGUCACAACCACAGGAUCCACCCAAGAAAAAGAAGACAGGAGAGCUAAGAUCUACAGCUCUAUUGCAGAAAAUGCGUCAAGAACGUGAAGACAAAGAACGCGAAAGAUUGGAAGAACUGCGAAAACGCAGGCAAUUACAACAAGAUCGCGCUAAUAAUGACCCAAAACGUAAGAAAGAAUUGGAAGAUUUGUCUGCAAUGUUUGACAGCGACGAGGAAAAUGCAAACGAGCAGGAACAACAGGCCUCCAGUGUAGAUGUAAGUGAGCCUGAGAUAAGUGAAACACCAGUACCCACAGAAGCUGAAUUGGGGGAUAUAUUAGAGACUACAGCAGAAGAAUCGCUAGUGGAGGUCAAGCCUCCAGGACAGGACCAAGAGACAGGUUCUCAACAGCCAGAACAAGACAGCGCUGAGCCUGAAACGUACUUGGAUGAUGAAGGCUACACCGUAACACGAAGGCCCGCUCAAAGAGCUGCUUCGACACCCGUGAAACGUUCGGCAAGAGUUGUACCUAGCUCUGCUGAAAGCGCGUCGAAAAAGCCUAAGCAACAGUCGUUGAUGAAUUUUUUUAACAAACGCAAAUGA